GGCAACAUCGCUCAGCUGUCCAGCGAGCGCAGAGUGACUGACGUUAAUUUCACUACCGGAUUAUCACGAUUCCUUUUGACUCGCAGUUCCUAUUAUUGCUUGUUAAACGCAAUUUCAAUCUGUAGUUGUCGCGACGCAAUUCGUAAAUAUGGCAUCGUUUAAAUUUUACUUUUUGUCGGCUUUGAUUUGUGGCGCCCUGGUUCUUGGCCAAGCUGCGGACAUAUCGAAACCACCACCAACAGAAGUCAUUGACCUCAUUUCAACAACCGAAGAACCAACAACCCCAGACACAACCCCCGAUACAACAACAUCAAUAACCACAACAAGUACAACCCCAUCAACAACAACAUCUACAACUCCUGACACUACAACCAGCACCACAACUACAACUACUACGCCAGCCCCACCGAAGCCGACACCUACACCGGCUCCAGUGCCCCCCAAGCCCAUCGGACCUCCGGACCAGGGCCUGUGGCCGUACGUUGACAGCAAGAAUGUGACCUGUGUAAUCGUGCAGUUCGCUGCGCAGUUGAAUGUCACCUACGGCAAGCCUAACUCCUCCGAGCUAAUCCAUGUGAUCCUCAACGUGCCCGCCAACGCAUCCGUCAUCUCCGGCAACUGCGACGGCCUUGAACAGUGGCUCACCAUUGGCUGGCCAGCGACCAAUGAGACCAACCACACCUUGACAGUCUUGUUCGCUAAGAAUGACACUACGAAGUCUUACGAGAUGAAGAGCCUGAAUGCUUCGCUUGUGGCGUCCAUCUUCCCUAAUAUUACGACCAAUGAGAACAACCACACCUUGACAGUCUUGUUCGCUAAGAAUGACACUACGAAGUCUUAUGAGAUGAAGAGCCUGAAUGCUUCGCUUGUGGCGUCUAUCUUCCCUAACAUUACUAACGUGGACACCAUCAACUUAUCCCACCAGACCCCGGAGUGGCAGACGCCCCUCGCCGCGUCCUACCGCUGCACGCCGCCAACAGAACUCAAGAUGAACGCGGACAACAACAACAUUGCGGCCACUUUAACACUUAGCCGAUUGCAAGAGGAGGCUUUCAGGACUGCGUCAGGCAACGGGUUCAGUGCUGCUCGCGAUUGCUCCAGUGGUGACAUACCUGAUGCCGUCCCCAUCGCGGUGGGCUGCGCGCUCGGCGGCAUGGUGGUCGUCGUGCUGAUCGCUUACCUCGUGGCCCGCCGCCGCUCCGCCAACCGCGGAUACCUGUCCAUGUGAACAGAUGACGUAUCGGAGUAAAUAGAAAGUAGUCAAUAUAUAAAUAGUUCCAGGUAAACAAUCACCGCAUUUACCAACCCCUAAAGACAUUUCGUGGUUUAAUCUCAUACAAAUAUAUAUCCAUUGUCAUCAUUAAUUUAGGAAAAUAAUUCGAUGUGAUUUGCUCAACGAUUUUUUUAUGCUGGCAACAUCCGGUAUUGAUUUUUUUAAAUUGUAUUUUUUUUAGAAUGCCAGUAACUCGCUUGUCAGGUAUAAGCUUGAGUUGAUAGUACUAUCUCAAUAUAUCUGUCUCUUUCGCACUUAAACGUGUUGAAAAGGUGGGGUACGAAAAUAAUCCAGCCAAGUUAAAUUGAAAUAUGAUAUGUAAAAAUUAAUUGAUUGUAUUUGUGUUUUGUGGGUGUCUUUUUGUUUUCGUAGUCUUGGCCAUAAUAAUAGAGUUAUAGUAAUUUUAUAUUAAAUCUUUUAAUUUCUAUAUUUUAGAAAUGCUAACUGAAUUUUAAUUUCGGAUUGGACUGUGAACAAUAAAAAGAGGUAGAAAUAUUACAUAUAUGUAUACAUUAUGUGAUGUUAUUUAGUAAUAGCAGAAAGUAGAUUUUUUUUAAUGAUUGUAAUUGAUUUUAUAAGAUAUUAGUGUGCGAUGACAUUUUAUCCAAAGAUUCAAUAAUUUCCAUUCAGUUAUACCGCUGUAUAGCUAGAUGUCAAUAUGUCAAUCUGUCUGUCUGUCCAAGAACUGACUAUAGUUGGAAUUUACAGUGUCUUUUAUAUUUAAACCUAGUAUUCUAGAUCUAUUCAUUAAGUAAAAUGUGCUGGAUAAUCUAAAAAUCCGACUCAAAAAAAAGUAAAAAUCCCACUUCUGAUAUUUUGUACUUUUUAUUUCAAACCUUAUGUUGAAGAGAUAAAGUUGAAUUUUGUAUUUUGUUAUCACCAUUAUCCAGUAACAGACUUAACUGAUCUACUUUAAAGACACUUAAAGGAGGUUGCAAUUAAGAAAGAGAGGGUCCGAUGUAAUGAGGGUGAUGGAAGACUUAGAAACUUUUAGCUACUAAGUUGAGUAACUUCCUACUAACUUUUUUUUCGAUUAAGUACCUACAUAAAAAUUCGCAGAAGUUUGAGAUUUUAAAUCAGGUACUGUGACUACUUGACAUUAUUUAAUUAUUAGUAGUAGUAGUAAUCACUUUAUUGUACACAACAUAGGUUUACAAAAAUAAAUUACAGUAAUGGAAGUACAAAGGCGAAGGAGGUUUAUUAUACCGCAUUGAAGUACCCGAUGAAUAUACUUAUGCUUACUUCUGAGUUCUAUCUAAUAAUAUGUAAAGAUGUGAUUGUAUUUUUGACACAUCGAUCGUAAAGAAAGUUUCCUUCAACAUAAUACGUAACACAACACGCAAGUUAGUAGCUAAAAGUAAUUGUUUUUUGAUGGGCCAAGCAUAACAUUAUAAAAAAAAAAUCUUGUUUAUGGAUUUUGACAAGAGCGGAGGGGAUGUUAUGUAGACUUUUUAGGUUCCAAAAAUACAUUGAACCUAUAUCGUCAGGUGACAAGCAAAAGUCACUAAUUACAAAAAAAAAAAUUAAACAAAAAUCGACCUUCUUUUAGUACUAAUAUGGUUCACUAUGGCUAUGAACUUGUGGUGGUACUUAGUGACUUUUGCUUGUCACUCGACGAUAUAAUCUGCGUGUUUCACCCCGUAAGUGUUUCGUCAUUUUUUUUAAACGUUUUGCUUGGCCAAUAUGGAAAGCAGAGAAUGUAAUACUGAAAAUAAAUAAAUGUUUUUUAUUGCCACAA